AUGUCUGACUCUGAAGAUGUUCUUAAAGCACCAGAAGGCGGAGCGACCUUAAGAGAGGUGUUAAUUGAAGAUUCAAGUAGUUUGAGUUCACGAAGCACCUCUGUCGAGCUCAAAGCCACCACUGCCGCAAGCGAUCCUCCCAUUGAUCAAAGAAGUGUCCGCAAUUCUUCUGCUCCAGGUAGCCAGGAGCGCUCCAAUACCAAGUGGAAUGUACAAGCGGCCGCUUUCAGGCCAUCCACAUCCCUCUCGUGCGAUACUGACACUGAGGCUCACCAUACUGGUAGUGCAAGCUUCGGCACUGUGCCUCAUAUAUCGGAAGGAACGAGCAAUACGACAAUAUACGAUAACAGAGCUGAGAAGCAAUGGAAAGUCAUAUACGGACAUUCUCCAGCUUAUAAUGCUGAUCAACCAUCUUACAGGGGUGACACCCGUGAGGCUUCUCAUCAAGAUAUGAUGUGGACUAAUCCCUAUUCGGAUGAUCCUGCAUCUGCUCAAGGACUUACAGAAAACCUAUAUCCAUUGGGAUAUCAUAUGCCACCGAAUAAUGAUCAUCGCUUCCAAUCAUAUGCCUCAAGCUUUCAAGACUCCACAGGAGGUGAAGGUCCUACGGGCAUAGUGCGAUCUUCUGGAAGUAUUGGUGAUUAUCAAAGACUUGAACAGAAGUACACCAAAAAUGACGAUCCUGAGACUUUCCAGAAAGAAGAAAAAGUGGUACCUUCUUUUCCCGGUAAAGUAGAUGAAAGCUUCCCUUCUUUAGAUGGUACCUCUGCGAAAACCAGUACCAAUACUCCGCCGCCCCCUAUCUCCAGUAGUGGAAGUAACACGAACUCAUGGGCUAACAUCGCAGCUUCUCCCAGGGAUAGCAACAAGGCUUCUCUCAAAUCCGAAGAAGAGAGCAUAGAUGACCGUAAGAUACCUUCUGCCACAUCUGUACGGCGAUAUACCGGUGGGUCAUGGGCGAAGGUAGCUGCUGGAACUCAAGAGAGGAAGUGA